CAGUCAGGAGCUGCCUGCAGGUGACAAUCUGGCCAACACGCACAUCAUCCACCGCCGGCCUAAUUCAACAGACGACGUCAGCUUUUCCAUCAUCCUGAUCACUCCCAACUUCCCAUCGCAUCGCACAUUUUGUCUCAGAAUUUACAAUCCUCCCUUACACUUCCAUUAGUCUUCUCAUCGUGCAAUUAGUAUUGUAGCGAGCAAGACCUGCAUCCUGCCAAAAUGUCGUUCCAAGAUAAGACUCAGCACCAGAUCUCUCAGCUCGACAAGGAGCUUUCUAAAUACCCCGUCCUCAACAACUUCGAGAAACAGACCAGCGUCCCCAAGGUCUAUGCCUUCCUCGGACUUGUCGGACUCUACUUCUUCCUCGUCUUUUUUAACAUUGGAGGGGAAUUCCUGGUCAACUUUGCCGGUUUCAUAAUCCCAGGAUACUAUUCUCUGGAUGCACUCUUCAGUGCUAACAAGGUCGAUGACACUCAGUGGCUGACAUACUGGGUUGUCUAUGCCUUCCUCACCGUCUUCGAGAGCCUGAUCAAUGCUGUCUACUGGUUUCCGUUUUACUAUGUAUUCAAGUUCAUUUUGAUCCUCUGGAUGGCCCUCCCAGUCACUAAUGGUGCCCAAAUCGUCUUCCGAUCCUUCAUUCAGCCGGUCUUCUCUCGCUUCUUCAGCCAAAGUGGUAGCACCGCCGCAGACGUUCGAGGCAAGGCUGAUGCUGCUUUCAAAAGCCAGUAAACGGUUGAAAGACUCCUACAAAGACUUCAUACGGGAAUUGAGGGAUAUCGCUGACGCUUGAUGCGAUACAUAUCGGAACACAAUUAUUGUUGCGGGUGACGAAUAUCUGGAGGUUGAUAAGCUUACGACGGGAGAAAUGGUGCAAGCGCGCGGAUCAUGCUUGUGGCGAGGAGUGUGCAGUGUGGAUUGCUUUGGAAGCUGGGCUCUAUGGGAAUGAAAUGACGUUUCUGUGUAAUUGCACAAAUAGACCUAUCGAUGGUGCCUUGACCAAUGCGGCGAAAUGAUUGGCUGCAGGUAGACGGAUUUGAAGAGUGGUUUUGCUUAUAAUAUGCUUUCAAAGUACGUGAAUCUACUUGAGUAGUGGUUUGCUGCAUCGCAACUCAACCCAAAGGGGGUCAUUUCAGUUCCAGCCCCCAAAUCCUCUUUCAGCAUUCUCUUGCUGUUUUGGAUUGACAAAUAUUUUGUAUGGGAAUGGAUUCUGAUCGCUU